GCGGUGCGGAGCGCACUUCUUCGCGGGACUUGAGCACGGGCGGGCCUGCAUCUUUCGGGCGGGAUGAGGCGUUUGUGGCUCGCAGCCUCGCUGUGCGUGCUGCUGGCCGUGGUGUUCGGCCCGCAGGUGACCUUGGCCAAAAAGGCGGCCGCCGAGGCCAAACCGGCGGCGGCGGCCACGCAGACCAAAGCGGCCGAAGCCUCCAAGAUCGAAGAGGUCACCGCCAAGCAGCUCGAGAAGAUUCUGCUCGACAAGGACUACGUCGCCGUCUUUUGGUAUGCAAGAAGUUGCCACACGUGUGACAAAGUGCUUGCAGAGCUAGAGAAAAUCGACGAUGACACCGACAACUUUGGCGUGGACUUUGUCAAGAUCAACGACAAACGACUCGCCAAGCAGUACGGAAUCAAGACCUUCCCUGCUCUCACCUACUUCCGAGAGAAGGAGCCCAUUCUGUAUGAAGGCGAUUUGAUGGAUGAAGACUCCGUGCUGGACUUCUUGACCAGCCUUGAGGCCAUGGACCUGCCUGACCGCAUCGAGGAAGUCAACUCCAAGAUUCUGGACAAAAUAGUCGAGGAUAAUAACUAUGUAGCCGUCCUAUUCUGUCUCAGUGAAGAAACUUGCCCACCCGGGGACAAGAACAUGUUGAAUAAGCCAGAGUGCAGAAAAUCUUAUAAAGCACUGCAGGAACUGGAGAACAUCGACGACGAGGCCGACUCGCUGGGAAUCGGCUUCGUCAAGAUCGCAGACGAGGAAUUGGCCGAGGAGUACAAUCUGGGCACCCUGCCUGCUUUGGUCUACUACAGACACGGAAUCCCCAUCAUUUAUGAGCACGAACUGACCAGGGAGGAGGACGUCCUGGAGUGGCUGGUGCAGAACAAGUCCACCGGAGACGAGGACGACGUAAUUGAAGACGUCACCAUCCGCUCCCUCGAGACUCUCAUCGAUUCCGUGGACAAUCUCGUCGUGCUCUUUUACGACAACGACGAUGAUGAAUCCGAGACUGUGUUGAACGAACUCGAGAAAAUUGAUGACGAGUGCGACAGGUACGGAAUCAAGUUUGUCAAAAUCGACGACGACAAUGCAGCCAAGGAGUUCGGAAUCGAUGACAUUCCUGCCCUGGUGUACUUCGAGAAUGAGGUUCCCAACCUCUACGACGGCGAUCUUGAGGAUGAAAACGAGAUUCUUGAGUGGCUGGUUGGUCAGCUGAAGCAGGACGAAAUUGAAGACGUGACUGACGAGAUGCUGGACAGACUGAUUAAAGAGGGCAAGACCAUGCUGGUCCUCUUCUACGACAACAAUGACAAAAAGAGCCAGACAGUGUUGGGCGAGUUGGAGAAAAUCGACGACGAGUGCGACUCGCACGGCGUUGUUUUCGUCAAGAUCGAAAACGAGGACGAGGCGGCCGAGUACGGCAUUGAAAAAAUCCCCGCCCUCGUCUAUUUCGAGAAAAUGAUUCCAACAUUGUAUGAAGGAAAUUUGGAGGACGAAGAAAAGGUGCUGAAAUGGGUGGUGAAGCAGUUGGAAAGUGACGAAAUUGAAGACGUCAAUGACGAAAUGUUGGACAUGCUCAUAUCCAAAAUGCCCAACCUGGCCGUCCUGUUCUACGACAAGGACCAGAAGAAAAGCCAGAAAGUGCUUGCCGAGCUGGAGAACAUUGACGACGACUGUGACAAAAAUGGAAUCGCCUUUGUGAAGAUUGACGAUGACAAAGAGGCCAAGGAGUACGGCAUUGACGCGCUCCCUGCCCUGCUCUACUUUGAAAAGAAAAUUCCUCACAUUUAUGACGGUGAUCUACUCCAGGAAAAUGAGCUGCUCGAGUGGCUGGUGCACCAGAAAAAGCACAGCGAAAUUCCAGAGAUCACUAACGAAAUGAUGGACAAGCUGAUCGACACUAUCGACUUCUUGGCCGUACUUUUCUACGACAGAGACGACAAGCAGGACUUGCGAGUGUUGAAUGAAUUGGAGAACAUCGACGAUGACCUGGACAAGGAAGGCAUCGUCCUGGUCAGAUUGGACGACGACAAGGAGGCGAAAAAGUACGGCAUCGAUCACUUGCCGGCGCUCGUUUACUUCGAGGAAGAAAUCCCUGCUAUUUACGAAGGCGAUCUGCUGAAUGAGGACGAAGUUUUGAAGUGGCUCGUUGAACAGAAGACCACGUCGUCGAUCGAAGAGGUCACCGACGAGAUCUUAAAGAGGCUCAUUGAGCACCACGAGUACGUCGUCGUCUAUUUCAGCGGCGAGUGUGACGAGGAAAACGACGACUGCGACGAGUUUAUCGAGGCGUUGGAAAGCAUCGACGACGAGCUGGACGAAACGGGCAUUAUUUUCGUCACUACCGAGGACAUUGGACUGGCCAAGAAAAAUGGCAUCAAAACAUUCCCUUCAUUGGUAUUCUUCAGAAAUAAGGACCCUCUUCUUUACACUGGUGAUCUCGAAGAUGAAGACGAAAUUCUCACCUGGGUGACCGACGAAGAGACCCUGGAAAUCCCUGGCCGUAUCGAGGAAGUGAACGUCCGCAUGCUGGACAACAUUUUGCACGAUAAUGACAACGUCGUUGUAUUUUUCUACACAGAGGGCGACAAGAAGGACCAGAAAAUCAUUCAGGAGUUGGAGAACAUUGAUGACGAGUGUGAGGAAAAGGACAUUGACUUUGUCAAGACCUCCGACGAAGGCAUCCUCAAGGAAUACUCCUUGGACAAAUUGCCAACCCUGGCCUUCUACCGCAGCAAAUUCAGGACCAUUUACGAAGGUGACCUUAUGAACGAGGAGGCCAUCCUUGAGUGGGUCCUUGGUCUGCACGGUUCAGCCCACGCCAUCAUUGAAAGCGUCGACCGCAAGACCCUGCAGACGCUCAUCCACGAGGUCGACCACCUCGCUGUCUUUUUCUACGGACCUGACUGCAAAAUGUGCAACCGAAUUUUGGAGGAGCUCGAGACCAUUGACGAUGACACGGACAAACACAACAUCCAGUUUGUCAAGUCGACCGACGCCAAAUUGGCCUCCGAGUACGGAAUCUUUGACUUCCCGGCACUCGUUUUCUUCGACACCGGCGUUCCAAUCCAGUAUGGAGGCGAUCUCAAACACGAAGCUCGCGUCCUGGAUUGGCUCGUGAGAAAGAAAAGUAAGGGUGUUACUCGUCCCACAGUUGAUGAUGACGAAGAUGACGACGACGAUGAUGAUGAUGAUGAUAAUAAUGACGAUGAUGACGAGGAUGAUGAAGAUGACGAUGACGAGGACGACGAUGGUGUCGCCGACGACGACGAUGAUGAUGAGGAUGAUGAUAACAAUGAUGAUGAUGAUGAAGAUGAUGAUGAUGGGGAUGGAGAUGAUGACGACGACGACGACGACGAUGAUGACGACGAUGAUAUUGUUUUAGGAAACCUUAUGGAGAAGGGAGGCGUCUUGAGCUGGAUUAAGAGCCAGAAAAACGACCAGAGCAUUGAGGAGAUUGACCGGGAUCAACUGCUCAAGUUCAUUUCUUCAAAGGACUUCUUGGCCGUCAUGUUUUACAAUGAUGAGGACUACGAGGCUCACAGAGUUUUGAGGCAUUUGGAGCUCAUCGACGACGAGGCUGCCGAGUACGGAAUCAAAUUCACCAAGUGCAGUGAUCUCUUAAUGGCCAAAAAGUUCGGUUUCCGCGAACCACCAGGCAUAGUUUACUUCCGCAAAGGAAAGCCAAUCAAAUACGAUGGUGACAUUGAUGACGAGGAGGAAGUUCUGGACUGGCUGACAGACCCGGAAAAUAUGGAGCUGAACGACCACAUUGAAAAAGUCAACCGGAAAAUGUUCACCAAAAUUCAGCAGAGCUCCGAGUACGUCGCCGUCUUUUUCUACAGCAAGGAUUGUCAGCAGUGUCCGCGAGUGUUGGCCGAGUUGGAGCACAUCGACGACGAGGCCGACGGUGCCGGAAUCAAUUUCGUCAAGAUCGACGACCGACAAAUGGCCAAAGACUACGGAGUUUUCGCCCUUCCGGCCGUGCUCUUCUUCAAAUUGGGCGUCAAAGAGCCUGUGAUCUACGCAGGUGACUUGUACGACGAGGAUAAAAUCCUGCAGUGGCUGAUGACCCAGAAAGACCCGACGGGCGAGGUGAUCGAGCACUACAUGGGCGACGAAUUGCGCCACCUGAUUAACACGGCCGAGUCCAUGGCAGUCUACUUUUGGAAUGAAACGUUUUGUGAAAUUUGCAAGCGUAAAAAACACUUGCAUAAAAGCAAGAAGGAGGCCGAAGGUGCCGCCCCCGACGACCCCAAUGAUCCUGCAAGCCCGACGGCCGCAGAAGAAACCCCUCAGGAUAAAGCGCCCCACAAACGACACCGCGACAACGACCAGUGCGAACAGUGCGCCAGUAUUCUCGAAGAGUUGGAGAACAUCGACGACGACUGCGAAAAGUAUGGAAUAACUUUUGUCAAAACCGAAGAUUACAAGGUGGCGCAGAGUUACGGGAUUUCCGACUUCCCGUCCUUGGUGUACUUUGAGAAAAGCACGCCGAGCGUCUACGAGGGCGACCUGAACGAGGAGGAGGAAGUUCUGCAAUGGCUCAUCACUCAAAAGGUCGAGGACCGAAUCGAGUUGGUCACCAGAAUCAUGCUGGAAACCAUGGUCGAGGAAGUGGAAUACAUGGCCGUUUAUUUCUACAAACACAACUGCCGUCCGUGCGAGGAAAUUUUGGAAAAUCUGGAGAACAUAGACGACGAGUGCGACGCCUACGGCAUUCAAAUGGUCAAAAUCCAUGACAGUGUUUUGGCAAAACGGUACUCGAUCAAAACGUACCCAGCGCUGGUCUACUUCCGAAAUGGAAAUCCACUCAUCUUUGACGGCGACAUGAUGGUCGAGGAGGACGUGUUUCAGUGGCUCAUUGAGGACGAAAAUCGCGAGCUGGCCGACGAAAUUGAGGGGGUCAAUUUGAAAAUGCUCAACAGACUUUUGGACGAUUCGCCCUUCCUUGCCGUUUUCUACUAUCUGGAAGAUAGCGAGGAAUGCGACGAUUGUGACGAGAUUCUGGCUGAACUGGAGGAGAUUGACGGCGACGCUGAUGACUAUGGCGUGGACUUUGUCAAAAUCUCCGACCCCGAAGCGUUUACGGAGCACAACGUUGUGGCCGUGCCAAGUUUGAUUUACUACAGAAAGAAAACUCCGCUCGUUUAUGACGGCGACUUCCACGACACUGACAGAAUUCUCGGCUGGCUCACCUCUCAGGACAUUUUCGAGCUGAAGAACGAAAUCGAGGAGGUCAGCCGCAAAAUGCUUGACAAGCUGCUCGAGGAAAAUGAUUUUGUCGCCGUCUACUUCUACGAGGAGGACAGUCCGAUUUGCGAGAAGGUCCUGGCCGAGCUCGAAACUGUGGACCAGGAAAUUGACAACCUGGACAUCACUUUUGUCAAGAUCGCAGACGUAAAGUACGCCCGCAAAUGGGGAGUCACAACCUUGCCAUCUCUGGUCUACUUCAGAAAGCGCUUCCCCAGCAUCUACAGAGGUGUCUUAACUGAUGAGGCCGACGUUUUGGACUGGCUGAAGAAAAAUCGCUUCCGCAGCCCAGAGCUGAGUCUGUUCAUGUACGCCACGAUCGCCAUCGCCCUGGCCUUUGUUCUGUACACGACUUUCCUGAUGACCGUGUUCAACAAACCCCCUCCGCCGCCGACCCCGCCUCACCCCAAGCAGUCUUAAUUAAUCAGGCCGCGCGAGUUUUUUUAGUCAAAAGGCCACCGGUUGGCUUCGGAAAGAGAAAGCACUGAGAUGCGUUAUUUUAUUUUAUUUGCCCCUAAACAAAAAAAAACAAGGAAAUAUUUUGGACAAAUUCUGAGAUACGGUUUUGAUGGUUGACGACGAGCUGCGAGUUUUUCUUGAAACUAAAUUCCAUGUUAGUUUUUUAGAAGAACUUUGUUUUGACAGUUGUUCGUAGAUGUGUCAAAUUGUCGGUAGAACUUGAUAGUUGAAUUUGUUGCUAAGAUUUGUAGAGAGUGCCGGAUCUUGAUUCCAAUGAAAAUAUCUGAAUUUUUUCUUUCCCUGUGGCUGAGUGCGAGCGAGAAAUGCGUGGGUGCGUGCAUGGAACACUUUAAUUACGUUCAAAUAGUUAUGUAAAUACGCGACGAGACGUUCGAGGACUGACAAAAAGUGCACAUUAAUAAUUGCAGUCUCCGUAAUAAAAAAAAGAA